GCUCGCUCACCUCACCGCAAAAGUUUAGUUGCCAGUUACGGCUCCGCCUGCGGCGGCCGCUGUCCGUGAUGCAUCAGGGUAUCAAUUUGCGGGGCACGGCGCUGGUUCGCCGGGACGCCCGCAGGCCCCCCGCCUGUCCGAAGCGUCAUUAGAGGCCAGCCAUGACGUUCUGGCACGUGACGUUGGUGGAGCGCGUUCCGUUGAGAAGUGUGACACAGUUGGGGCAUCUUCGGGCCAGGCGACAGUCAAGCUUUUCGAAGAGAGCGAAGAGAGGCGUUAGUUUCUCUUAGGAGGCCUGCGCCCUGGAAGCCAUGGAAGUCAGCUGUCGCCGCACGGCGCUGUGCCACGAAGUUCCAGCCGGGGAACGCUCGCAUGGCUGACCUAGGGGCUGGCAGGAGCUUUCGCUCAGCCAAGCAGUGCGCUGGCGCGGACGCUCUCUUCCAGGGCCGAGGCGCACCCGAAGGCCACUGAGUCCUGGCCGUCGCGGGUCGUCCUGUCAGUCCACUUCGUUUGCUCAUCGAAAGCUGUGCACGCUGCGGAAGCGACGGCAUCGCUCCUGGCCCAAGUAGCAACAACAACACGGCGCACGCUGGCAGACCAUUUAGCACAACAAUAACAAAGCCAGACCGAACGAGGCUGAGGCUGAGGUUGGAGCUGAAAUUGUGGCUUAGGCUGAAGCUUGCCGGCGGCAAAAGUGCUUACAAUUUUUUGAGAUAACGCCUCGCGCGGCGCGUGGAAAGUUCAAGUCCGGCUAGAAGGAAGGUUCGCCCUCGUACCGUUGCAUAUCCCUACGGACGCAGUUGCGGUCUCAUGUCCUGCUGCCGGGGCCACUGUGAACGCGACUAAAAGCCAGCAGGAACAAAAAGUGAAAGCGGAAACGGAAGCGGAAGCGGAAACGGCAGAGCGCCAGAGAAACCGAGAAACUGGCAGCGACAGUGACUGUGACAACAGUGAAGUGUGCGGCUGCAUUGUCGUUUUGUUGGCACUCUGACCCAAAUCGCAGUGCAUCCGAGGUGUGCCGGCGUGAGUGAGUGUGCGAGCGUAUGUUAAGUCUGACGGUGCCCCUAGUGCGAGGAAUUACCUUUCCGAAGAGUCCAGUUGAUGCUUCCGCCGAGCGAUAUUCGCGAGUGCCGCCGGCGAGAUAAAUAAGUGAGAAACGGGUCACCGGAAUCCGUUCUAGCAUCAUUUCUGGCCCCAUCCGCCGCUGAGGAGCCUCGCAUGUAGCGAGAGGCUCACAUCUACUACCCGCUCGCUGCACAGAGCCCUACACAAAGCGAGGUCCUCCAGAACAUUACAUUAGAAACGAUUCAUCAUCGCCGCCACGCCACGGCACUACGCUUCUGUCAUUGUCCUGGGCGGAGGGAGAAGGCAGGCGGAACAGCCACUACAGCAAAUUGAAUGUAAUUUCAUAAAAAGCGAGUGUUAAUUUUUUGCCAGUCCCACAAUACAAGAUAGAUACAGCCAGUGAUACACGGACCCCUGCUCGGCUUAAUGUGCUAACACGCAGUGACAUGAAAAAUGAUGGAGAGCAUGCCGCCUCUGUCCCCUCCCCGCCGCUAGAGAAGAAAGCCCGAAAGAAAGAAGCGCGCGACGAGCUGCAAAUUUGCGACGAGCGGCAGGAGCAAGGCUGAGGAGCAUUGUAACUCGCAGGACAACAGGCCGACAGCAGACAGAAGCAUCGCAUUGACGGCAGAGACAGAAGGCAAAAAAAGACAGCGCUGCACAUUGGACCAGCAUCAUUUAUCAGCGACGCAUCGCACCCAGCUAGCAGCACCAGCUCCGACAGCUCCGACAGCCCCUCCAGCCCGCCUGGGCAUAUGUGUGCACCGGAAUGGUGGCAUUGUGUUGCUGCCGCAGCUGAAAGGAUCCUGAGCGUUCAUUCAAAAAGCCAUUAACCCUAAUAAGCAGCCACAACAGCCAGGCGAACAAUACCCAUCGAUGUGCCUGCCCCCUCCCCGGUUGAAGACACCAGGACAGCAGGACACCAGGACCCAGGACCCAGGACACUAGGACACAGGCAUAGGCAGUUUGCCGUAGCUGGAGGAGAGCUGCAACAGGGCAGUCACAGAAGCGGAACAGAGAGAGAUACGAGAAUGGUGCCGCCACGGCUGCUGCUGCGUCUGCGGCGACCUCUGCACCUGAUGGAACUGCGCAUCCUGCUGCUCUGUCUGCCAACGCUGCUCCUGGCCACCACCCUCGAGCCAGAUCAAAAGUCAAUACUCACAGAUAACGACUGGAAGAAGCUGUGGAUGCGCGGCGGCAUGAACGCCGAUUCAAAAUUGGAUAAUAAUCUCGACUCGAGCGACAGUCCAAUGUUCGAGGAUAGUGAGAUGGCGCACAACACAACCGUCCAGCUGGGUGGCACCGCCUUUCUGGUCUGCAAGGUCUCCGGCGUGGACAGAGUGGGUGUAAAUUGGAAUCAAAUAUCUUGGAUCCGUCGCCGGGACUGGCACAUCCUCUCGUCGGGGGCCCAGCUCUACACGAACGACGAGCGCUUCGCGAUUCUGCACACGCCCGGCUCCAACAUGUGGACACUGCAGAUAAAAUUUGUGCAGCGCCGGGAUCACGGCAUGUACGAGUGCCAGGUCUCGACACCGACUGGCAUCAUCUCGCACUUUGUGAAUCUUCAAGUGGUUGUGCCGGAGGCCUUCAUCCUGGGCUCCGGCGAGCUGCAUGUCGACAUGGGCUCAACAAUCAAUUUGGUUUGCAUUAUUGAGAAGAGUCCAACACCACCGCAGUACGUGUACUGGCAGAAGAACGAUCGUCUGAUCAACUACGUCGACUCCCGGCGGGACAUCACCAUCGAGACCACUCCGGGGCCACGCACACAGAGUCGCUUGAUCAUCCGGGAGCCCCAGAUCACCGACUCCGGCAACUACACCUGCUCCGCCAGUAACACGGAGCCGGCGAGCAUUUACGUCUUCGUCUCGAAAGGCGACAAUAUGGCGGCCAUCUCGCGCCGGAAGACAUCCUCGGCCGAUCGCCUGACGCACAUAUUUAGGUCGAUGCUGGCGCCCUGCCUCCUGCUGAACACGGUUGUCGUGAGACGCAUCUUCCUGACCUAAGCGGAUGUACGGGCCAGCGGCGGCAGCCGGAGCGGAAGUCGGAAGCACGACGACAAAGAAAUCCUAUUUAAGCUAUUCCAAGCGUUAGACCUAAACCUAAACCGAAACCGAGUUAAUAACUGAGUAACCCCGAGUCUAGGAUAAUUGCUAAGCUAAGCCCAGCGAGAGCUGCGCACUCGAGUGUAAAAAUCAAGUUAAUCCAAUCGCUGGCACAUACAUGUACAUACAUGUGUGUACCGUACGUAUGCCAGGCAUCUCUCGUACAUCCAGACAAGUCUAGAUAAGUCCUAGUUUAGUUGGCAACUCACUUCCCAUUGAUUGUGUACAGUAUGUUUAGAGGGAUUUUGUUAUACAUAUGUGAUUUGCGUUUACGAAUAGCGCCGGAUUACUUGCCCCGACUCCUCGGUUGCCGUACUCACUGUUAUGAUACGUACUGUAAGUUAUGCUAUGUAUGUAUGUAUGUGUUCAUGCUGCAAUCCCAGUGAGCCGGCUUUCCCGGCGGAAAUUUACUUCAGAAUGCCUCGGUUCGAGCAGUUGAAUGCGUUGCAGCCCUGAAACUUUUUCAGUGGAGGCGGAAUUUGCAUAAGUAGCCAAUUUGAGUCCAUUAAAAAUGAGGUAUAUUAUAUAAAAAACACAAAACACGCAUUAAAACGCCAUAUAUAACUGUUACUAAUUGCUAAUUGAAAACUAAAAGUAUAAAAAGGGCAGCCCAGAACACAGCAGUAGCGAGAAUAAGAACGAGAACAUCAACCCAUAUUAAUUAAUUAUGUUAUUAAGUUUGUAAAUACAUUUUAUUGCAAA